CUGUCAAAAUCAACCUCAACGCAAUAUCUGGGAAGGUCCGUUUCAUUAUUCUUUGCCCUUUUUAUCGUUCAAUUCUUCUCCUUCUUAUCUCUCUCUCUAUGGUGAUCAUCAGCUCCUAGUUUUGUCCUCUGUUAUAUACCGAUUCGUAUUUAGAUUGAUCUCAUAAUUAACUGAUGGGUUCCAAAAUCGUCUUUCGAUCUCUCACCGAGUUAUUCCCACAGAUUGAUGCGAGGAUAUUAAAAGCUGUAGCUAUUGAGCACCCUAAAGAUGCUGAUCUCGCUGCAGCUAUUGUUAUCUCUGAGAUUGUUCCCAAGUUUUACCCUGAUUUGUCUGAUCAUCCUUCUUCCCUACCUCACAACAACAAGACACCAAUAAUAAAGGUCCCAGACAACAACAAUGGUACUUUAGAAACGGGUGCGUUCUCUUCUUCAGUAACAAGGGCUCAGUCAUCAGAAGUGAUUCCGAAUGGUGAUGCUGAUGUUCAGAGCAAAGUGAUUGAGUCUGGAGUGGUUUCCUCAGAGCCCCCUACCAAACUGACUAACGAUGUUUGGGAAGGUAUUGAUUUUCACUUUACAGGUAAUCAUCAAGCAGAGUCGAGCACAAGCGCAGAUGAUAAGCUGGUUUGUCCUGCAUCAGACAGUUUGGAAUCUACACAGAAAUCAACAAAGGGUUCAUCAGAUGGUGAUGUGAGAGAGGCCUCAAGUGGUUCACUCAGUGAUGCAGAGUUGAGCGGCUCAGUUCUUGUGGAAGAGACUUCGGAAGGUUCCUUGGCUGUUGAAAAUGGUGAUUCAGAGCUGCCUGGUGCCUUUAGCUCUAGUGUUAGCCGAUCCAGCCAGGGCUGCAAAAUCGAUCACCUCAAACAGAUCAUCGAAGAUGCCAAAAGUAACAAGAGAACCUUGUUCAUUGUGAUGGAAUCGAUUAUGAAUCUGAUGAGAGAAGUCGAGCUUCAAGAGAAGGAUGCAGAGAAGGUGAAGGAAGACGCUACUAGAGGAGGCUUUGAUACCCUUAAAAAGGUUGAGGACCUGAAGAAGAUUCUUGCACAUGCCAAGGAGGGAAACGACAUGGAUGCCGGAGAAGUCUAUGGGGAGAGGUCAGUUUUGGCAACUGAAGUAAAUGAGCUUGAAAACCGUUUGCUCAACUUAUCAGAAGAACGUGACAAGUCUCUUUCUGUUCUUGAUGAGAUGCGUGGAGUCCUCGAAGUGAGACUGGCUGCAGCCCUGGAGAUUAAAAAUGCUGCUGAGAAAGAGAUCCAAGAGAAAGAAGGUGCCGCACGCAAGGAACUUGCUGAACAGGAAGCAAUCAUGGAUAAGGUUGUCCAAGAAUCAAAGCUUCUACAGAAGGAGGCAGAGGAAAAUUCCAAGCUGCGAGAGUUCCUUAUGGAGCGUGGUCGGAUUGUUGAUUCUUUACAAGGAGAAAUCUAUGUGAUCUGUAAAGACAUCCGGCUCUUGAAAGAGAAAUUCGACAAUGGUGUGCCGUUGAGCCAAUCAAUCACCUCAAGCCAGACAAGCUGUAAGCUAGCUUCUUCUGUAUCAUCCAUGAAGAGCUUGUUGCUUGAGAAGCCGCUUGACCUAUCUUAUGAAGCACCUGAAUCCUCAGGCAACAGCAAGAGCCCAGAAGAAGCUUCGGUUAACGAGGAAAAAGAGGACGAACGUAAGGAGCUCCUGGAAGAUGGCUGGGACAUCUUUGACAAAGAAAUAGAACUCUAAGUGUCUUCUUUACAGGAGGAAGAUUCAAUAAUGUCUUUGUAGAAAUAAAUUUGGUGUUAAGAAUUAAAGAGAUGUGAGAUGGAUUUUGGGUUCUACGUUUAUUAUCUACUUUGCAGAGUUUGCAGAGCAAAACUAUAACGUGGAAAGGGGAACACGAACAACUUAAGUUUUCUUGUGCA